AUGAUCGGUGCGACGAGGCGCUGGUUCCAGCGCAAUCGCAAAGGUCUUGCAAUCGGGGCUGGGGUGAUAGGAGCUGGCUACUUAGCCGGACAAUAUGUGCUGUCCAAGAUCUCCGAGGCACGCGAGCGCAUGAGCAGCGAUCGGAUUGCUCGCGAAAACCUACGCCGACGAUUCGAACAAAACCAAACCGAUUGCACAUAUACAGUCCUCGCCUUGUUGCCGACUGCCGCCGAGAAUAUCAUCGAUGCCCUCCCGGUUGAGGAGUUGACCAAGGAGCUUCAGCAGAAGCGAGCGGAGAGUCUGCCGGACGAUGAUCGAAGAAGCCUCUCCAGUUUCCAGAGCGAGGGAUAUGUGCACGCAAGCCAGGUCGGCGACUCUUCUGUGAACUCGGACGGACAACCUCGGCCCAAACGGAACAAGACGCAGCUGUGGAAUGAGGUGAAGAUUACCUCGGUCACUCGGUCUUUUACUAUGAUCUACACUCUCUCCUUGCUCACUAUCUUCACACAUAUUCAACUCAACCUGCUCGGCCGUCGGAACUAUCUGUCCAGCGUGAUCUCACUUGCUACACCACCUGCCAAUGCCUCGACAAUCAGACUUGAAGACCACGAUGAUGAACUCACUCAAACAUUGGGCGAUGACUUCGAGACCAACCGACGUUACCUCGCCUUCAGUUGGUGGCUGCUUCACCGCGGGUGGAAGGACCUGAUGGGAAGAGUGCAAGCCGCCGUAGAGGAAGUAUUUGGACCUUUGAAUCCGCGUGAGGAUAUCAGUUUGGCCAAGCUCUCUGAGCUGACCUUGCAAAUCCGAAAGAAGGUGGAAGGCAGCACCGAGGACGAGCGACGAUCUCAAAAAUGGCUUUCAUGCCUGCUCCCCCCUGCGGAGGAAGAGGAACACGUCUUACAGGAGUCGGGCGUGGAAGGCGUAGCUGACCCUUCCUCUUCCCAGACAGCAUCGAAGCUUCGACACCUCCUAGAUGAGACAGCGGAUUUGAUCGACUCUCCCUCUUUCUCCCUCGUGCUCACACUUCUUAACAACGAGGGAUUCUCAACCCUCAUUGACCAAAGAUGCGCCGCUGACGCCUUCAAGGCGCCCACCUCCGCCCCGGAGGCUCACUUGCAAUCCUUCGAUUCAGUUGCCACUGUUGUGCCCUUGGCUGCCAACUCCGAGCGCAAGACAAAGCUUGCCAACCUCCUGGCUGUCAUGACUCGACAGGCACACGUGAUCGGUAAUGGCGCCCAUCCACCAAAUGAAUAUCUGGUCGCCAUGGACCAGAACGUGCGUGAACUUGAAGCCUUCUCUGCCGUGGUCUAUAGUUCGAACUUUGACCUCGAGCUUCUUGGUGCCAAUAACAAAGCGGUGCCGACUAGGGAGACGGAUCUGGUCGAUACUGAAGCUGCUUCAUCGUCUUUCUCCCAGGUGAUAGUUGAGAAGGAAGUUGACGCUGACUUAAAGGAGGAGGAGGAGGAGAUCAUCGAACCACAAUCACGCGGUGUUGUUCCUAGUGCCAUGCCCGAGGAAUCAGCCUUCAAUGAGCCUGGGCCUGAGGCUUUGGCGGACCCGGCCUUUGAAGAGGCCUGGGGCAAGGCCACGGAUGAUGGGAACGCCUCAUCAUCUGAAGAAAAGCAGCCAACACAGUUAAGGCAAUGA